AUGGACUUUGACCGGAUAUUGAAAGCCGACUUACCGUUUUCCGAAUUUACAACCAAGUACCCUUUUCCAAUUGACCAACCUUCUCCGGUCGAGCUUUCUGCAACAACGGUUAAUAUUUUUGGUGAGGAGUGUCUCGCCACUAUUGGAACAAAGGCAAACACAACGCUUGGCCUUUCGGUCGGACCAGCGAAGAUCCGCGGCCUUCAAUAUGCGAUGGGCUCGUAUGGAGUGGUAGUGCUACGGCUCCUCUACGAUGAUGGUACACGCUCAGAUUGGCUGGGUCAGUCUAUUAGAAAGUGGGUGGCUACGAUUCAAGGAAAGGAUAUGGUUUCUCUGAACUUUAUGACUGACGGCUUCAAGAUCGUUUCCUUGUCGUUUGGAGAGAAUGAAGCAAACAGGACCCGCAUCAUACGUGACGACGAAAGCCCUCCACAGUUAGACAGCCAAUCCUUUCUCAUCGACGCAAAGAUUGCAAGAACUGGCAUGCGUGGUAAUCCAUUCCACCGCCUUGUGCACACUCUCCCGCUGGAUCUACAACAUGGCCAUGCCAACAGCUUGACAGUCUUCUGCGAUUUCUAUACAGUGCGUGGAAUACAGCUUAAUGGCCAGGCGGCCAACAUGCUGGGCAGUACCACUACCAGGAGCUGCCCUGUGACCUUCUACCUUCAACCUGGAGAGAUUAUAAGCUUCAUUCACCUCAUUUACCGCGGUGAAAGGGACAAACCUCCGAGUGCAGGACCAUAUAUGGUGGCAAUGACUUCCAAGGGCCGUACCUUGCUCUAUGCACCCAGUUCUAUGGUCUACGUACGUGAGAGGCGCCUAUCGAAAUUUACGGACGUGAGCCCAGGUUUCGUCUCUAGCAUCUUCAUCGACCGGUCAGACGCAGGAAAAGUAGGAGAGUAUAGCAUAGGGGUCACACUGCAGCCGCAAGAACCAUCAGGCGACAAAGCAAUACAACGCGUGGCGAAUUGUCCUGUGUUCGAUCAUAUCGAUCCCCAGUCAUUCAUGAAACAGCAGGCUAGCUACGUGUUUCUAUCCAAAGCAAACCUCCUCCAAUUGAAACUUCUCCAAUUGCAAAAACUCGGCGACCGGUGCAGGGGACUUCUGAUUCACCGACUGGACGAUUCCAUAGAUAUACUUGGCCAAUGGGAUCCUGCUUUGGCGAGCACGAUUUCAACACUUUACCACACGGAGAAUGGAGCUGCUCUCGAAUCUAUCACGUUUGUCUAUGCAGAUACUACGAAUCCGAGAGACCUACGUUGA